AUGGAAAACGAAAAUAUAAUUACCAAAGUUAACCAACCUACUGAUUGGGUCAACUCGCUUGUCAUUCAAGAAAAAGGAAAUGGCAGAUUACGACUGUGCUUGGAUCCCAAAGACUUGAACACUGCAAUCAAGCGGGAACACCACCCUACACCAACACUUGAAGAAAUCACACAUAAGCUGACUGGUGCAAAAUUGUUCAGUAAACUCGAUGCCCGGAACGGAUAUUGGAAUGUUAAAUUAGAUGAAGAGUCAUCAGUACUAACAACAUUCAACACUCCAUUUGAUCGGUACAGAUUCCUACGAAUGCCAUUUGGACUCCGCAUGAGUCAGGACGUUUUCCAGUUCAAAGUUGACUGCAAAGGAGCCAUAGGCAUAGCAGAUGACAUACAAGUAUACGGUUCAAAUGAAACAGACCAUGACUUACAUCUACAUGAAGCUAUGGAAGACAUCAGACGAGCAG